CAAUAUCGAUUUGCUGAAUACACCUCCGACUUAAGCAUGUGAUAUAAGUAGUCGAUGAACACACGAGCACUGCAUGCAUCCAUGUUUCUCCUUUGCUCCCUCGUCUUGUACUACCAUGGAUUGGUUGGUAGGUGUCGUGGUCUCCCUCCUUUGCUCCCUCGUCUUGUACUACCAUCAUCUCCAGUCCAAGAAAACAUGCAAGGAGGAGCCGACCGAAUGGCCACUAGUGGGCCAUCUUUUCGGCAUGAUCGCUCACAUGAGGAGACCGUUCUACCACGACUGGGCCACCGCCGUGCUCGCCGGCACGCGCCACAACUUCCAAGCUCAUGCGGGGCUCGCCGGCGUGCGGUUCUUCGUCACCUGCGAUCCGUCCAAUGUGCGCCACAUCUUCACCUCCAACUUCCUCAACUACCCCAAGGGCGAGGAGUUCGCCGAGAUCUUUGACGUCCUGGGCCACGGCAUCUUCAACGCCGAUGGUGAUUCCUGGCGGUGGCAACGUGCCAAGUCCCAGUUCCUCAUGGCUGGCCCUCGUUUCCGCUCCUUCUCGGCACGGUGCAGCCGCGACAAGGUGGAGACGAGCCUCCUCCCUUUCCUCGCGCACGCUGCCGACGUCGACGCCCGCUGUGACCUGCACGACGUGUUCCUAAGGCUGACCUUUGACAUGACCUGCAACCUCGUCUUUGGGGUCGAUCCCGGAUGCCUGCAGAUCGGCCUCCCCGUUGUGCCCUUCGCGCGCGCCAUGGACGACGUCCUGGAGAGGGUCAUCCUCCGGCAUGUCAUCCCGCCGGCGUGCUGGAGGCUCAUGUACCGGUAUGAGGUCGGCCCAGAGAAGAAGAUGGCCGUGGCUCGAAGGACCAUCGACCGGUUCGCCGUAGACAUGAUCACCAAGCGCAGAUCCGAUCUCAAGCUCCAGGUUGAGGGCAUCAGUGAAUCCUCCGACAUGUUGUCGUCCUUUAUAUUCAACGGUGAUGCAAGCGACGAGUUCUUGCGUGACACCGCGGUGAACCUCCUACUCGCCGGCCGAGACACCACCGGGACGGCACUAUCGUGGUUCUUCUACCUCCUAUGCAAGAACCCACGCGUGGAGCAGAGGAUCCUUAGCGAGCUAGCACCGAUCGCGGCGACGAAGAAGCUGUCCAACUCCAACGACGACGACAUGGUGGUGUUCGACGUGAGCGAGGUGAGCAGCAUGGUGUACCUGCACGCGGCGUUGUGUGAGAGCCUGAGGCUCUACCCGCCCGUGCCAUUCCAGCACAAGGCGGCAACGGCCGGUGACGUGCUCCCGAGCGGCCACGAGAUAAAGGCAGGUGACAAGAUACUCAUCUACUCCUACUCAAUGGGGAGGAUGGAGGGCGUGUGGGGCAAGGACUGCAUGGAGUUUAGGCCCGAGAGGUGGCUCACCGAUGACGGAAAACUGAGGUACGAGCCGUCUUACAAGUUCAUGGCCUUCAACAGCGGUCCCAGGACCUGCCUCGGCAAGGAGGUGGCCUUCACCCAGAUGAAGGCUGUCGCAGCUGCCGUGCUAUGGAACUUCGCCAUUGAGGUCGUAGCAGGGCAUGUCGUGGAGCCGAAGUUGUCCAUCAUACUCCACAUGAAGAACGGUCUCUCGGUAGAGGUGAAGAGGAGGAAGUUUGCCGGCGUGGAUGGCUAGCUACCAUACACUAGCAGACACGUACAUGUGAUGCUAACACAUAUGGAUAGAUAAAUGGUAGUAGGUUACAGUUGGGCCUGUGGAUUUGAAAUAUGUCUAGAUAAGGUAUGGUGACGUGUUCGAGUAAGACAAUUGUGUUUUAGGCCUCUUAUACAACGUGAGGGUUGACACUGCA